AUGAACAAGGAUGAACUCUUGGAUGGUUGCAGACAAGCACUCCAGGAAUUUUUGGACGGAAGCAAGCUCACAAUUCACCCUUAUUCGCGCGAUCCCGACCUCGAGUCACUCGUUUGGGAUGUUGUCCGCGGUUGGGACAACGUAAGUCUCCUGGGACCGCAUAUCGUCACCGCAAUCACAUUGGUUGCCACGGCCUACAACCACAUCACUAACAUCGACACGAAGGUGCAGAUCGUGCUCUACAAUCUCAUUGUGAUUAUUAUAGACGACCCUGCAUUUCUGGGUGCGACGCGUUUUGGCGAAUUUGCCCGCAUGUUCACUGGUGGAGCGACUGAGAGUGGCUCCAAUUUGGAGAGGACGUUCACACAGAUCCUUCGUGGCAUAUGGAAUCACUACCCGAGGUUCGCUGCAAGCGCGAUCGUGAGCUCUUCGCUGGAGUUUGUGAAUGCGAAUAUCCUCCAGAAUGAGACAAACGAAAUGGCUCUAUCCUCGGAAGGAGCACCGUUUGUCGAGUACCGCAGGAUGAAGGACGGGGCGGCGGAAACUUACGCUUACUUCAUUUGGGAGAAAGCCAGGUUUCCAGACGUCCGUGCAUAUAUUCAAGCUAUUCCUGAUGCCAUACGUUACAUAAACCACGGCAAUGACAUUCUCUCCUUCUACAAAGAGCAAAGUUCGGGAGAGACCGGGACUUACAUUGUAGACCGCGCUGUGUCGGAAGGGAAAUCCACACUCGAGGUUCUUCAUGAGGUCAUUCAAGAGGGGAUAGCUGCGAUGCGGCGUAUCAGACGCAUCCUCGGAGAAGGGGAAGCAUGGGAAGCAUGGGAGAACUUUGCAUGUGGGUAUAUCGGCUUCCACACCAGCAGUCCGCGAUACCGUCUUCAGGAGGUGAUUGGAAGUGUGUAUUUGAUUCAGAACUGA